AUGGUUGUCACGGCUCUCGCCCACCACCCAACGGUGGCCCAUUACCUUAGAUUUGUGGCUACUACGGUUGGCCGCGACAAGGUCCUCCGCACCCUCCAAUACUUUUCCCGCUUCUACGCUUGGUACCUCUACCGUACCAAUAACCCCCAAUCCGCCAUCGCCCCCUUCGAAGCCAUCAAGAAGCAAUUCGGCACGACACGUAAACUGCUCCGCUUUGGCAAGAACAUCGAACACUUCAAAGCCGCAGCCGUAGCGCUAGACUCGCGCUCGCCAGCCGCCAAUGCCGAUCCGGUGCUCAAAUACCUCGGCAUCUGCCGGCAACUGGGCUACGGCAUCUACCUGUCCUUCGACAUGGUAUCCUACCUCGACUCCGCUGGCAUCCGCAAGUUUGCCAACGCGAAGAAAUUGCAGGCUAGAGCGCAGCGGGCGUGGUUGACGGGGUUGCUGUGCAGUGCGCUGGCGGGAGUGUAUUCGUUGUGGAUGCUGAAGGAGAGGGAGAAGGCGAUUAACAAGAAGGAUGGCGAGAGUGUGGUUGAAGGGAAGAAGAUUGAGAAAGAACGCACUGCUGUCCUCACACAGCUCGUCUCCGAUUGCUGUGACAUCACCAUCCCCAGCUCCGGAUUGGGCUACGUCAAUCUGGAUGAUGGCAUCAUAGGCCUGGCCGGUACCAUUAGUUCACUGAUCGGGCUGCAGAGUGCCUGGAGAAAGACAGCAUGA